AUGCUUAUAAAAGAAUUUCGCAUUCCACUCCCUUUGAAAGUCGAGGAAUUCCGUCGGGGGCUACUGUAUUCGGUAUCCGAAGCCAGCAAAUGUGAAACCGGUGGAGGUGAAGGAGCUGAGUUUGUAAAACAGUAUGAUUUCUUUGAUGACACAACGAUAAAACCAGGGAAAAAGCUCUCAGGCAUAUAUUCCUACAAAAUUUAUCGGGUCAAAUCGAAAGUACCAUGGAUUUUACAAAAAUUACUACCUGAAGAAGCAUUUGAGAUACAUGAAGAAAGCUGGAAUGCCUACCCAUACUGCAAAACGGUUCUUACGAAUCCUGGCUACAUGGGACAGAAUUCAUCGCUGAUAAUAGAAUCGACUCAUCUACCUGAUAAUGGUUCUUCUGAAAAUCCCUUGAAUAUCAAAAAGAAGAGAGACGUAGUCUAUUUGGAUAUAUGUGAUGAUGAAAUCAUUGGUGAAGCUAACUAUAAACCUGAGUUUGACCCGAAAAUAUUCCUAUCAGAACUUGUAACGAUACAAUUCAAAUGGAUUGGAUUAGGCAGUCUCGUGGAGAAGACUAUAUUGAAGCAAUAUACAAAAAUAUUUUCGAAUUUCCAUAGAUGUGCAUUUUGUUGGAUUGACUCAUGGUUUGAUCUCACCGAUGAAGAAAUACAAGAAUUCGAAGACGAAACAGCUCGUCAACUGCAACAAUUAGUUACCUCAGAAGAAAAACGAGGAGUGUCCUUCGAUGACUAA